CGAUGACUCGGCAUGGGAAAAAUUGUACAGCAUCAUCAGUUUAUUCGUACCAUGAACGACAAAGAGACGCUAAAGUUAGUGGUUAUGGUACGCUACAUGCUCGCCUAGGAGCUGACUCCAUCAAGGAGUUUGACUGUUGUUCGUUAACACUGCAGCCAUGCAAAAAUCCUGUCAUAACCCCGGAUGGGUAUCUUUUUGAUCGUGAAGCUGUCUUGGAGUAUAUACUAGCACAGAAGAAGGAAAUCGCCAAGCGAACAAAGGAAUGGGAAAAACAGAAUGCGAUCAAUGCAGAAGAGAUGAGAAAGGUCGUUAAAUUUGAUUUAUCUUACGUGGACUGUAUCGCAUGUCAAAAGGAGAAUUCAACCUUUGCUCAAAGAUCUGACCAAGAGAAGAUUGUUAGGAAGUUCGACGAAGUCGAAGGCACUCCAGCACAUCCAGGCUAUAAAAUCAGUUCAGAUGAAGCUCGUGAGGGAAAUUCUAACUCGAACCCACUGAAACGGCCAGGCAGCGCUAUUACCAUUCAACCAGCUCAAAAAGUUAGAGCACUUGGGAACGAAGGGGAGAUUUCUAAUAUGAAGGGAGAAAAGAGCAAGCAAUUGCCAAGUUUCUGGAUUCCCGAACUUAAUCCUACAGCUAGCGCUACGAAACUCGAGAAACCCUCUCAAAAAGUGUUAUGUCCACUGUCCGGAAAGCCGCUGAAGCUAAAAGACUUGAUGGAAGUAAAAUUUACAGAAGUGCCAAAGGAUGAUGAUGAAAAGAGCAUUAUCUCUGCUAAGGUGCGGUAUAUGUGCCCUGUAACUCAUGAUGCUUUGACGAAUACAACGCGAUGUGCUUAUUUGAAGAAAUCGUCAGUGCGGUAUAUGUGCCCUGUAACUCAUGAUGCUUUGACGAAUACAACGCGAUGUGCUUAUUUGAAAAAAUCAAAGUGUGUUGUUACAUGGGACGUAGUAGAGAAAUUAAUAAAGAAAGACUGGACCGAUCCAGUUACUGGAGAUCCAAUGACUGAAAGUGAUAUUAUUGAACUGCAAAGAGGAGGUAGCUUUCUACUUUUUUUGUUGAAGAAAUGAAU